AGAGCCUGUCCUGAGCCUCAGAUCAGGGCGCGGCCAUUGGUGACGCACGCCGGGGAGCACUGCGCCCACGUUUCCACCAUUAGAGAGGCCUCACAUCCAGAGCUCCAAGUUCGGGGCUGGAGGCGUCCCCGCUUCCUCCCUCCCGGAGGCGGGCCUGUCCCGCCCCCGCGGCCUGGGUCGCUCCUGUCGGCCCCGCCCACCUCCUACUCCUGGCCUCCCUCGGCGCAGCGCACCCCCAGCCGGCCGCAGUCUGACACGCUGCGCGGUCCCCAGUCUCCCGCGGUCGCUUCCCCCAGGCAUGGCACUGGGCCUCGCCUCACUAUGGCAGCAGCGAGGCACAGCACGCUCGACUUCACGCUCAGCGCCAAAGCUGAUGGAGAGACCAUUCUGAAAGGCCUCCAGUCCAUUUUCCAGGAGCAAGGGAUGGCGGAGUCAGUGCACACCUGGCAGGAACAUGGUUAUUUAGCAACCUACACAAAUAAAAAUGGCAGCUUUGCCAAUUUGAGAAUUUAUCCGCAUGGAUUGGUGUUACUGGACCUUCAGAGUUACGACACUGAUGCACAAUGCAAAGAAGAAACUGACAGCCUUUUGAACAAAAUAGAAGAAAAAAUGAAAGAACUGAGUCAGGAGAGUACUGGGCGGGUGAAGCGUUGCAAAAGAAUAAGGAAACAAACCUCAAAUUUUUGCACAGUAGAGAUUCUUGCAUUGUACACAGUGUACAUGAGGCACAGAACACAUCUCAUCUUACCACCCAUAGUUCGAGGAGGAGCCAUUGACCGAUACUGGCCUACUGCUGAUGGGCGCCUGGUUGAGUAUGACAUAGAUGAAGUGGUGUAUGAUGAAGACUCACCGUAUCAGAACAUUAAAAUUCUGCACUCAAAGCAGUUUGGAAAUAUUCUCAUCCUUAGUGGGGAUGUUAAUUUGGCAGAGAGUGACCUGGCAUAUACCCGGGCCAUCAUGGGCAGUGGCAAGGAAGAUUACACUGGCAAAGAUGUACUUAUUCUUGGAGGUGGAGAUGGAGGCAUAUUAUGUGAAAUAGUCAAACUGAAACCAAAGAUGGUCACUAUGGUAGAGAUUGACCAAAUGGUGAUUGAUGGAUGUAAGAAAUACAUGAGAAGAACAUGCGGUGAUGUCUUAGACAAUCUUACAGGAGACUGCUAUCAGGUUCUCAUAGAAGACUGUAUUCCAGUACUGAAGAGGUACGCCAAAGAAGGGAGAGAGUUUGAUUAUGUGAUUAACGAUUUGACAGCUGUCCCAAUCUCCACAUCUCCAGAAGAAGAUUCUACAUGGGAGUUUCUCAGACUGAUUCUUGACCUCUCAAUGAAAGUACUGAAACAGGAUGGGAAAUAUUUCACACAAGGCAACUGUGUCAAUUUGACUGAAGCCCUCUCGCUCUAUGAAGAACAGCUGGGACACCUGUAUUGUCCUGUGGAAUUCUCAAAGGAGAUUGUCUGUGUCCCUUCAUACUUGGAAUUGUGGGUAUUCUACACUAUUUGGAAGAAGGCUAAACCUUAAAGAUGGACGUCCCCUAAUGUGUGCUGCAAGUUGCCUUCCUGACCUCCAUAUGCUGAAUAUGCCAUCAAAACAAAUUCCUUCAAGUGUGUUUUUCUUCUUUUAAUUAUUAUUUUUAAUUUUAAAAAGCCAAUGAGAAAAAAAAUGUAUAUUUUGGUGAGCUAGGGUGUUAAUUUUUUUGAAAGUCAGCCGAAGGACAAUUAGACAGCACAGCAGACCACAAGAUGCACUGACCCCCCCCAGAAUGUGAUUUUUGUUACUUUUUAUCUUUAUGUAGGGUUUGUUUUGGGGGUUUAGCUUUGGUUUCAGUAGACCUUCAGUUUGGGCAUUUGGAGGAAUGAGCAUCAUUGUUUUGUUCUGAAGAGAAUCCUGAUGGUGUUUACCCUCCUCCCCCCAAAUUGACUUAGAAAAUUUGGUGCUUUUGAGAGAGUUUAAGAAAAAAUGAAUUAGCAGUGCUUCAAUUAAAAUUACAAAAAAGACAUAUCAUGUGUUUUGUCAUUUUAUUUCAGCCCAGUUCCCUCUUUCUGACCUCUGAUGACCUAGAACAAAGGUAUAUUCUAGAUUGCUUUUAGUUCUGUUAUUAUACUUCAUACCAUUUACCUCUAAUAGAGUGGCCUUGGGACCUUUUCAAAUUGUAAUAAUAACUUCAUUUACCACAGUGGUGAAUGAUCCACAGCCUAUUAUACUUACCUCCUCUGCAUUACAAAGUUGACCUGAGGGUAGCAGAAGUUCUGUCUGACUGUGAAGUUGAAAUCAAGAACUUAUUUCUGUUUCCACACUUACCAGUGAAUUAGAUGUAAAAAUAGACAUCUUUUGGAUUGCUGCUAUGAAACUUUGAGAAGGUUCUGGAUGAACAGAUACACAGUAGUUUGUAUAGUCAUGAGGCCAAAAGAACAAUUCCCUUAAGAAAGUGCAUAUGAGCUGGGCAUGGUGGCAUGCCUUUAAUCCCAGCACUCAGGAGGCAGAGACAGGUUGAUCUCUGAGAGAUGGAGGCCAGCCUGGUCUACAUAGUGAGUUCCAGGCCAGCUGGGACUACUGGGAGACCCUGUCUCCAAAAAACAAAAGUGCAUGUGAACAUCAACUUGGCAUUGUAUUAUGGAUAACAAUCCAGUUGACUUGAAUUGUUAAGGGCUUAUUACAGGGUUAUCCUAUUUGUAUAAAAUAUUUAUAUUAUGUCAGUGGAAUAAUUUCAUUUAUGGUAAAUUUAUAGUAAGUAAAACAUUGAAAAUGUAAUAUUUAAUGAGAUCAGAUUAGUGUCAACAGUGAACAUUCUUCCUUCCAUAUCGACUUCCUUGUUUGAACAAAUGGUAUGGGGUAUAACAAAUCUUCUUUAAAAAGGAGUGCAGACCUUUGUCCCAUUUUUUGAUUAACAUGAAAGAAGAAAUAGAAUAAAAGGAGUUGAGAGUCAUAUUCAAAUGAGAUAAAAUUGUUUUGUGCGUGUGCAAGGAUAGAUCAAAAACAAGCAUAGUAGACAUCUCAUCCAUUUAGUCUUCUGCAAUGCUUUGCAAAGGCUCUGUAUACCGUGUAACAUUUAAAGUGAUGAUACUGCUACUGUUAGUAUACUGUUUGGGAUCAGCUGUUUUUUUUUUUUCCAUUUUAGUAUUACUUUUGAGUCAGAGUGACAGUCUGUAGCACAGUCUAACCUGGAGAUUGCUAUAUAGCCCAGACUUGUAGGACUCUCCUAAGUACUGGACAAUGUAGUAGUACCAUUACAUCCAGCCCAAUUUUUUUGUUUUCCAUCUUAGUAAACAAAGCCAAGCAUAUCAGCUGUUUAGAUAUGGUACUAUUAAUGUGCCUAGUUGGUACUUGAGCUACUAGUAUCUUGAGGCCAAACCCACAGAUCCACAGAUAAGUCUGGUGACUCGGAUCCUGCUAAGCCCCAAAUAGUAGAUAUGAAGAGGAUCGGGUAGUUCAAGGGUACAGAAUAUUAAACUUGGGAAAAAAUAAAGGAAGUGGUGUUUGGAAGGAGGAAGGAAGUAUUUUUGUCUUGAAUGAUAAUAGUGAAUUCAGACCUGGCUGAUUUCUUUGUAUUUGAUUAAGGAUGGUAUCUGAUUGUUUUGAACACAGAUAUUAAUUAUUUUAAAACAGAAGCAUGCAAACUAAACUCUGAUAGCAAAAAAAUCACUUCUGCUUUUGCUGCCUUUUAAAGAAAUGUUAAUGAUCUAGCACUGUUAUUUUACUUGAAUGGCUGUAGUGUUGUAUAGUGUUAAAGCUUCCUUUAAUAGUGGACUAUGUUAUAGUGUCCCAUAACUGCUUUUUAAUGAAAGACAAUGCAAAUAUGGCUGUAGUUUAAAUUCUGUUCAACACAGCAGAUACUAAGAAUUGAUUUUUAAGAAAUGAAAUUCUGCUUUCUCUUGGAAAUGUGAUUGAAUAUUUAUAAAACUUGAUUAAUGGUGAUCCAACUGGGCUGGAGGAAGGCUGAGUUGGUGGUGUUUUUAAUGAACUAGAGCUCUGCUGAUAUAAAAAUUUAAAGCAAGUGCUGUUCCUUCCUAUGUAGUUUGAAUAGUAAUGUCUGCUUUCAGUAACUAUUGAUGACACAAGUGUUUGUAUUUCUGUCUGUCACAUGUAUGUCAAUAAAUCAAUCAGUUUCA